AUGGACAUCGACCGCCCCCUUGACGACCUGAUCCCGAAGCGCAAGCCUAAGCCGCGUUCCAGCACUGGACGUGGCGGUGGCGGUGCGGGUGUGGAGCGCUCAGAGAGGCGCAAGUCGCGCGGCUCGGACGCGCCGUACGCUCGACCCCCUCCCCGUUCAACCGAGGACAAGUGGGUGCACGAUGCGUUCGAGGGACCGGGGCGCAAGCCGUCGCUCGGCGCUGCGGGCCACAUGCCCGUCACCAGCUCGCCGCGCAUCGAGGUGUCAGGGGUGCACUACGAGGUGACGCCUGAGGAGCUCAAGCGUAUUCGAGCAGGCGGGGACGAUCACCCACGGCCCCGAGAUCCGGAGUACGACCGCGCUGGCCGGUCCACGGGCGUCUGCAUCGUCGAGUACUCCUCGCCGGCGCAGGCCAAGAGCGCGUUGAACCAGUUCGACGGCGCCAUGAUGAAGGUGCCGCCAGGAGGCUCCCGACUCGUUUUCUGCCAGCCGCUUCGGCGUAUCUCUCCACAGAUCCUUGCAAGCUUCUAUGAGCAGCAGACGAUUACGAUCAAGCUGAUCGCACCUCCCCGUCCGCGCGGCGACAAGAAGAAGAAGUCCGUCGACGGCAACUCGGGGCAAUCGCUGCUCGCGCGGCUGGGCCAGUCUUCUGGACAGUCCAAGCAGCGCGAUGCUCCUCGAAACGACAGAUCGGACAGAUCUCGGGGUGGUCGUGGUAACGCGCAGACAGGUCAAGGACGGGGAAAGCGCGCGCCGGCGUCGGCGGCGGACCUGGACGCCGAGCUGGCCGGGUUCAUGAAGAGCGAUGAUGUGGCCAUGUAA